CAGCAGCAGGAGGAGGAGGAGGAGGAGGAGGAGGAGGGCUCCGCACCGCACCGCCCGCCGCUCCGCCGGCCCCGGGAGCCGCCGCCGCCGCCGCUGGGGGCACACAAGGGCCGCGGCGGCGGGGUGGCGGCGGCGGCGGAGCAGCAGCAGCAGCGCUGGGCCGGGCUGGUGCCGCUGGCCGGCGGCAAGCAGGCCGGCGCGGGGGAUGCCGGCGCCCGGCCGCGCUACCAGGCGGUGCUGCCCGGGCGCGGCGCCGGGGAAGGCUCGGCGGGGCCGGGAGCGGGACCGGGAGCGGGGCCGGCCGAGCCGGGCCCUCCUCCUCCUCCUCCUCCUCCGUUGCCGCCGCCGCUGCCCGCCGAGGGCAAGUGGAAGAGCGGUUCGCGGCGCGGCGGGAUGGGGGCCGGCGGGGGCUCGCCGGGGCAGGCGGCCUGCCUGCGGCAGAUCCUGCUGCUCCAGCUGGACCUCAUCGAGCAGCAGCAGCAGCAGCUGCAGGCCAAGGAGCGGCAGAUCGAGGAGCUCAAGGCCGAGCGGGACACGCUCCUUGCGCGGAUCGAGCGCAUGGAAAGGCGGGUGCAGCUGGUGAAGAAGGACAGCGAGCGGGAGAAGCACCGCAUCUUCCAGGGCUUCGAGGUGGAGGAGAAGCCGGAGGCGGAGGCGUGCGAGAAGCUGCCGCUGGAGUGUCCCCAGGAUCUGCUGGAGCCCCCCCCGACCCUGCAGCCCAAGCACUUCCCCUACGGCAGGAACGGGAAGGGGCAUAAAAGGAAGCCGACGUUUGGGAGCGCAGAGAGGAAGACGCCCGUUAAAAAACUGGUGUCCGAGUUCUCGAAAGUGAAGAGUAAAACUCCAAAGCACUCCCCGGGGAAGGAAGAAUCGAGCGGCUCCUUGUCCGAAACUGUUUGUAAACGAGAACUGCGGAGCCAAGAGACUCCAGAAAAACCCAGGUCGCUCCUGGAGACCCCGCUCCGAGCCUCGGUCCCACUGAAGGGCCCCGGCGCCCACCCCAAGGAGAAGGGCUUCUUCAGCAGCGAGACAGACGACCUGCCCUAUCUCUCAACCACGGAAAUGUACUUGUGCCGUUGGCACCAGCCGCCCCCGUCGCCGCUGCCGUUGCGGGAGCCCUCCCCAAAGAAGGAGGAGACUGUAGCAAUUCCGUCUUGGAGGGACCAUGUCGUGGAGCCCCUGAGAGACCCCAACCCCUCGGACAUCCUGGAGAAUCUGGACGACAGCGUCUUUUCCAAACGGCAUGCGAAGCUGGAGCUGGAUGAGAAACGAAGGAAAAGGUGGGACAUUCAGCGGAUCAGGGAACAGAGAAUUCUACAGCGGCUGCAGCUCCGAAUGUACAAAAGGAAAGGAAUUCAGGAGUCAGAGCCUGAAGUUACCUCAUUUUUCCCUGAGCCAGAUGACGUGGAAAGCUUGCUCAUCACCCCAUACCUGCCUGUCGUCGCCUUUGGCCGGCCCCUACCAAAACUGACCCCACAGAACUUCGAGCUGCCCUGGCUGGACGAGCGCAGCCGCUGCCGGCUGGAGAUGCAGAAGAAGCAGACGCCGCAUCGGACCUGCCGUAAAUAGCGGAGCCGCCGGGAGCUCCGUACAUCACCGGGUCGUGCCAAUGGCCGCUGCCCUCUCCUGCCUUCUCGUUGACGGAUGGUUUAGUUCCUCCGUGACCCCGGUUUUGUUCUCUUGGGUUUUGCAACACGUUUCCUGGACUUGUCCGCCCGUGCUGGCAGCCGUAUCCCCAGCGGCACCGGUCAGCUACCGGCCGAGGCUUCCCACCGGCUGCUCCGGUCCCGGGGGCAGUGGGCGAACCCCAGACCCUGCCUGCCCAUCCUGCCCGUCCUCGCUGCCUGCCGCAGCUCCGCACGCUGCCCCUGCCCUCCCGCAGCCGACGUUCGGUUUAUUUUGGACAUUUGGCUUCGAGCCGCGGGCGGGAGCACGGAGAGCGCCGGGGCCAGACCCCGGUGUCAGGGGGUGCCGCGUCCGCCAGCCAGGGAGGCCGCGUCCUGCCAGGACUCUGCCCGCCGCUGCCUUCUUGUUACGUUUAGUUAGAAAAUGGGAUAAACACCGGUUUGCGUCCAAGUGGUGUGAGAGGCGGCAGCGGGUGCUGCCGGGGGGUCCCAGCGCUGCCGGCCUGUGCCCUGCUGUGGCGAGGAGCGGGGUGCUGGAAAGUGCCGGGAAGCCUCUUUGUUUUUUUCCCCCCCCCCCCCCCCCUUCUUGAGCGGCUGUAAUGGGGUCAGAGGGGAGAGUUUAAAAACAAAACUUUUUUUUUUUUUUUUUUUUGUGAAAUAGAAAUCCUAUACGCACAAUUUUGGUUUUUUUUUUAAUUUUUUUUUUAUAAUUUAAAUGUUUCAAGGUUGGCGAGGUGUGCCGUAAGGAGUUGGGUUGGUGCGAGAGCUGGGGCCGUGUCCGCUCUGCUGCAGCAUCCCCUGUCCCGACCGAGCCCCCCCCCCCGGUGCCACUGGACCCCCCCCCCAGCCCUGACCCCUGGGUGCUGGGGACCGGACCCCUGCGGUGCUGCCGGAUGGGUUGGGGGUUGGGGGGGUCUCUGCGUCCCCCACUCCGGCCAGGCUCUCCCCGGCCUCCCCUUCAGCAGAGAUUAAAUAGGAAAAACGUUCCGUUUCUUUUCUUGUCUCGUCUUUUCUCCCGUCCCAUCCCGUCCCUGCGUGGGUCCUGUGCCCCCCCCCGAGUUUUAUUCCCCCUGCACCGCACCCAGCUGCUUUCUGGCACCGAGGUUAAUUAGCGGAAGGAAACUUGUUUUAAAAAAAAGUUUUUUUUAAAAAAACAAAACUAAAAAAAAAAAAAACACC